AUUGCAGUAAUGUUUUACGAACACAUUGACUCCAUUGCGGUUCUUUACUGUAUUCAGAUUCAUAUUGAUUUGGACCCAUCAGCCAAUUGAUUUUUGCGCCCAGAUCUGGCAACCCUGAUCUCUGCUUGCAAGCUGUAUAAUGGCGGCCUCAGUGAGUUGUUGGUUGUCGGGUGUUGCUAAGGAAGUUAAAAAAAAAAAAAAGUUUGCCGUGAUGCGAGGAGCUGCCUGGAGAAUGUGAACCCUUAAGAACAAUGGCACUUGUGUCUGUCUGAGAACAACUGGGCGAGUAGGAUGAAUGAGAAUGAAGAGCUCAUCGUCCCAUUCCAACCUGUUGGAUUUCAGUCAGAAGACAUAGAUGUGACAAAUGGCAGAACCAGUCAAGAACAACUUAGUGGUCAGAAGUUGUCUAUUGAGGUGCUCCAGACCUCUCAAGAUGAGCAAAGGCAGCAAGACAAACUUGGUCCCUACAUGCCUCAUCCACCCAUGCUUCCCAAGCCCAUUAGCAUUUCAAAAGGAAGUAGGAAUAUGUCAUUUGAGGAAAAUAAAAAGGGAAGGCGACUGAGGAGCAGUCAGGAGAGCCUCACUGACCCAGCUGAAAUGACCUCCUCGACCGACUCCCUUAGGGAAGUCUCCACUUUUCCUGCACCAAAUAGCCAUAUGGUUUUAAAGAAUGGCCAGAAUUCUGGAGGAAGUCAUUUUGAUCAAGUGGCCUGGCAUUCCCCACCAUUCCGGGAUCGAUGUAGCAGCUUCCCUGAGGAGGACAGAUGUUCUCCUAGCCAAGGCCAUCCAUCAGGGCAGCAUCCAAAACCUUCCAAAAUUAUUCUUUCCCCACUGCAGCCCACAGGAGCCUUUCCUCCUCUAGAGUACAGUAUCGCCUCCAUGUCCUUAAGGACCUCUAAUCAGAUUGACAGGGAUUGCUUGGAUUAUAGGAAUGGGAGCCUGCAAGAGAAGCUGCAAAAGAACCUCUGUGACAGCCAGCUUUGGGACACCAUGGUGUCGGACAGCACCUCGGUCAAUUCCAUGAAGUCCACCUUCAGCGUGCUCAACCCUAUCCGGCCAAAGGAUGUGAGGAACAGGAGCUUUUUGGAGGGCAGCGUGCUGGGCAACGGUGCCUUACUUGGGGCUGAAGAGCUGGACCGGUACUUUCCCAGCAGGCAAAUUGGGAUUUACAUUGCCACUUGGAACAUGCAGGGAGAGAAGGGGCUUCCAAACAACCUAGAUGACCUGUUGCUCCCAACAGACACUGAUUUCGCACAAGACUUCUAUAUCAUCGGAGUCCAAGAAGGAUGCCCUGAUAGGAAGGAGUGGGAGAUCCGUCUGCAGGAAACUCUAGGCCCGUAUUACGUGAUGCUGUACGCAGCUGCACACGGAGUGCUCUAUCUUACCAUCUUCAUACGCAGGGACCUCAUAUGGUUCUGUUCUGAGGUGGAGCAUGCUACCGUCACCACCCGGAUCAUCUCGCAGAUUAAGACCAAAGGGGCAGUGGGCAUUGCCUUCACUUUCUUUGGGACAUCUUUCCUUUUCAUCACAUCUCAUUUUACAUCGGGAGAUUCUAAAGUCUAUGAAAGGAUACUGGACUACAAUAAGAUAGUAGAAGCUUUAGCUCUUCCCAGGUGCCUUCCUGACACCAACCCUUACCGAUCUGUUGCCUCGGACGUAACCACCAGAUUCGAUGAAGUCUUCUGGUUUGGGGAUUUUAACUUCCGCCUGAAUCAAGACAGGGAAAGAGUGGAGGCUACUUUGAACCAACUCACUGGGAAAAACAUGGACGCCCUCCUCCAGCAUGAUCAGCUGUGCAAAGAAAUGAAAGACGGUUCCAUCUUUAAAGGAUUUCAGGAAGCGCCAAUCCACUUCACUCCCACGUACAAGUUUGACAUCGGCUGUGAUGUUUAUGACACAACACCCAAGCAGAGAACGCCAUCAUAUACAGAUCGAAUCCUUUUUAGGAGCAGACAAGUAGAUGACAUCAAAGUGGUUAAAUAUACGUCCUGCCCAUCUGUCAAGACCUCAGAUCACCGUCCUGUCAUUGGCAUGUUUCAGGUCAAACUCCGGCCUGGUAGAGACAACAUUCCACUGGGAGCGGGCUUGUUUGACCGAACUGUCUACCUAGAAGGCAUCAGGAGAAGGAUUACACGAGAACUGAAGAGGAGGGAGGCCAUGAAGAACCAGAGCAACAGCACUGUCUGUUCCAUCUCCUGAUUCAGGGUCAGCAGGCUUCAGACGGUAUCUUCCACAUUCUGACCUACUAACUCAGGAAGCUGGACUUUCAGGACCAAAGGGAAGCUCAGAACUAUGGGA